CAGCUUACUCGAUCACUUCAAAAAUUGAUUCACCUAACAGCAUGUAGAAGGUACAGGUCACAUGCUUCACUGCUUCACCAUUAAAUAGCUGAGGGAAUUUCUGGCAAAACGACGCUAUAGGUGCCAAAUUGCACUGACCAAUUGAUUUCCGUACCCUUAAUCCAACAAGAUGAUGGAGGAGUUCGAUACCGAGGAGGCCCGGCCUCGUGGUAGCUUAGAGUUUGUCGAAAGCUCUAUCUUGGACACAAUAGUACCAGCUGCAAGCAACCUGAAUAUCGAGGAGGUCUUGAGUGGUUCGGUGGAACGAUUGGAUGAGGGGAGCGAUUCUCCACUUGCAUCUAUUCCACAACGGCAAGCUCUAUUCUUUGAUCCUAGAUGAAACGGUCAGCGUCUACGUUGUUCUUCAAACUUCAUACUUCGACGAAAGAACGCUGCGAUCAUAUCUAGGAAGGCUAGUGAUAAAUCUUGAAGCGCAAGUUAUCAAUUCCAGAGUGGAUGGCAGCACUAGCCCACCUGGCCAGGAAAUCAUAUACAAUGGCUCUGUCCAGGACAGUGAGGAUCCGUUGAUUGUUGUCCAGGGACCAGACGAGACGGACCCCAAUGCUGGUGAAGGACACAUUUUGAUCGUGUGGAAGAUGCCAGCACACCUAGUCAGACCUAGACUGCGUCUACAAAAUCCAUCUAUUGUUUUCUCGGCAACAGCAAAUUUAAAGCCUGCUCAGCAGGUACAAUGUUCCACUUUAAGAGAAGAAUACCUACCUAGCCAGGUUCCGUCCGCUAUUAAUCUAUUGGAAGCCUUUAGUGAUGACCCAGCUAUGGGUGGCAUCAAACCCCGCUUGUCUGCACUGAGGGUAUCUCGAGUUGCUCCAACAUCUCAGAUUACCAGAGACACGAUACGCCCGCUCAAGAAUAUCUCGCGGCAGUCAAUCAAAGUCGUACCAGCUAUCAAUGCCCGAGUAAGGUAUGCUAGGCCGAACACCACGCCCAGCAACCCAACAGUAAUAGCCUCAAUCGAUGUCGAUAUCACUCCGUUCGUCAACUGCGAAGUGACACUUGAAAAGGUCGACCUCAAAAUCAUGGGUGGAAAUGUCGAUGACCUGAACGCUGUUUCAUGCAUGACCUUACCCAUAACGUCACUCCCGCAAGACGACAUCACAUUCCUCUACCGUCUUUCUCCAGACGAUUUAGACGCAACCAACCGAUCCCAAGUCCGCAGUCUCGAGAUCUCCAUCCAAGCAACUGCUAACCUCUCGUCUGUCUGCCAACCAAACAUAAAAAUGCAAUGGAGCACCUCCCUAGAUUUCACCCCCCCAGUAAAUCCAGGUUUUGGAAACCCCACGCAACCGAUCCAACGCCCUCAUCGCCCAGCCCAACUCUCCAUCGGCUCCACUUUGGAAGCAACAGCUUCCUCGCUCGCUGUAAGCAGGCCUGAUGCCCUCCCAUCAAUAGACAUUACUACUCGUCACCAGCGAAACUCUUCCAUCCCGGACUUUGGCGUUACAAUGACUUUCACUGGCCCUGGUAUCGAUAGCCCAGUCUACCCAGGUAUCCCUUUCACCUGGUCAGUCUUCAUAGUCAAUAGGUCCGAUCGCCCUCGCAAACUUGCACUCCUCGUCAUUCCUAAGCGACGCCGCACAGAAACCCGCAUCACGCGCCCUCCAUCUACAGGCUACGGCGGCUCACGAAAAGACCCAAAAGUUGCUGAUGCUGUUGUUGACGAGAACAUCAUCUACGCUAUGCAAAAGAACUCUGCGGUGGAAGAUACGGAGAUCGUGUGUCUGAGCACAGAUACGAGGGUGGGACUAUUGGCUCCUUCGGCUUGCUAUGAUGUUGAGCUGAAGUUUAUGGCUUUGAAGGUUGGCAUUGUGGGCGUUGAGGCUGUGAGAGUCAUUGAUCUGGGGACGCAAGAGCAUAUUGAUAUCAAAGACUUGCCGAGUAUUGUUGUGUCACCAUUAAAAGAGGAGACAUAGUGCACAAAUUCGUCUUGCAAUGGAACGAGCGUGAUCUUUACGCAAAGUCCCAUUGUGAGAUAUAACCUUUGUGAAUAUGAUUCGUGCUUUGGUGUUGAACAUGUUGACCUACUCAAUAUUCUUGUCCAUCCGCCCGAUAUCCGCGAUAUCUGCGAUGUUGAAUCCUGAACGUCUUCACGCUCCAAGCAUAGUCAGAGCGUGCUUUCCCAUAUCAAACUCUUCUAUAGCAUCAUUAGCAUUCUACCAAAAUCAAUUAGUACAAUAAGUCAU